AUGGCCGACUGGAGCGACUGUUUGAACUUCGGCUUGACUGUGGCCAAACAGGCUAGUGAGGUCGUCUUGUCUGCGAUUCAGCAGCAGAAGGAAGUGAAACUGAAAAGUUCUCCAGCUGAUCUGGUGACGGAAACUGAUGAACGAGUGGAGAAGCUCCUGAUCGAUGCCAUCAAGAACCGAUAUCCACUGCACAGGUUCAUUGGGGAGGAGUCUGUAGCUGCAGGUGAACGUGUGGAGCUCAGUGACGCCCCCACCUGGAUCAUUGACCCCAUCGACGGAACCGUCAACUUUGUCCACAGGUUUCCAUUUGUGGCCGUUUCCAUCGCCUUCGCCGUCAACAAGCAGACGGAGUUUGGGAUUGUGUACAGCUGUGUGGAGGACAAGCUGUUCCACGCUCAGAGAGGAGGAGGAGCCUUUCUGAACGGAGAACCGCUACACGCCUCCGGACAGGAAGACCUCAGCAGGUGCGUGGUGGUGACGGAGAUCGGGGCGGAGCGGGACGACCUCGCUCUGUCCACCAUGACCUCCAACAUCUUCAGACUAAUGAGACUUCCUGUCCACGGCGUGCGUGCGCUGGGGACGGCGGCGGUCGACAUGUGUCAGGUGGCCACAGGCGGAGCUGACGCCUACUAUCACAUCGGGAUGCACUGCUGGGACAUCGCUGCUUCCGCCAUCAUCGUCCAGGAGGCUGGUGGUGUUGUCACGGAUACGGAUGGCUCAGCGUUUGACAUGAUGUCCAGGAGAGUCAUCGCCGCCAGCUCCUCAGCGGUGGCGCGUGGCAUCGCUCAGGUGAUCCAGGCGUUUCCUUGUCGUCGUGACGAUGACGACGGCCGCAGGUGUGUGUGCGGCGCCACAGGCGUGACCGGGGACUAG